UUUUCCCAAGUUUUAAUGUUUCGGGUCAGAUUUAACCUGGGUUCGCUUUAGCUUUGAUGGUAAGCUUCAAAGCUUGGUGAGAUUGACAAAAUUAUUCAACUAUUUUUGCGUAAAGUUUGGGACUGGGGUUUCUUUCAAGCUGAAACGUGGAAUUGAAAAGCUGGGACUUUCGGUGAUUGAGGCUCACUUGGUGUUGUAAUACUGCUUUGUUUAUAAUUCAGCCCUGUUAGCCUCUUGUAUCACUGCUCAGCAUGAACAACCAAUGUGGUGAAGAUCAUGAUGAAGCAACUGUCAUUGGGUUUGAAGUGCCGAGAUCACCCGAAUCAAGUUAUAAUAAUCCGUAUCCCGGGAGUGAAGAUGAUGCACGUGACCCGCCAGUUGUCCCUCCUCACCUACAUCAUUCGUUGCUUAGCUACCCCUCAAGUCUGAAUGCUUCUGGUAGUAUCCCUUUACCAGAAAAUGUGAUUCUAAAUCAUCUUUACAUUGAAAACAGCGAGGCACCUAGAUCUGUAGUGGCACUUGGGUUUACUCACCGUUUUCGUUCAAAGCAUGUUACUGUCGUGCUAUACAAACCAGUACCGAGGAGGGGGAGUACCAGUACUUAAGAUAUGAAAACAUUGAAUGCGCCUUCACGUCGGGUUGGUUGGUUGGCCCUUGUGAUGGGAUUAGUUGCAAUAGGCUCAGAUAGGGAAUUAGGGGAAAGAAUAUUGAAUGUGAUGAAUUCAACGAUUGCUAUGUAAAUUCAAGUCCGUACAAAAUAAUGAUGCCACUGUCCAUCAAAUUCAACGAUGAACCCUCCCCUAGUUGAUGAAAAU